AUUUUUUCAUCUACCCAUCUCCUCCAUCUAUCGAUUACUCUUCUAGCCAUAGAUCCUAAUCUUGCUCUAUUUAGGCUCACUUUUCUGAUAUCGUCAUCCUCCUCAUCCCAAAUCCAAUGGUGUAGCCUCCAAUCUUCAAUGACCAGAGCAAGCCAGGCCCCACCUGUCGUUCCCUUGCUUAUUCCCCCUGUUGCUAAGUUCAAGAUUAGGACUUGCCAGUUACUGGUGACGUUAGAUAAAUAUAGGAACAUUGUGCAUGCUCUAAAGGCCAUCAAGGAGGCUGUAGAAAAGGGUGCCUAGUUUGUUUUGUUGCCUUAGGAAGGAGAGAAGGUGGAGGCUUGAAGAGAUGGCAAACAGAACAACGCAAAAAGGCUCUAGUUGUUCUCUAUCACCUUCCUUUUUUUUUUUUUGUCGAUGAGAACGGCUGAAACACUACUUCCUUUAUUUUCCUCACAGUCACCAAUGACACCACCAGUGGCCAUCGUCUCCAACCCCUCUCUAUUCCCUUGUCUAUUCCUUUGCAUUUCUGUCCCAAUCUUCCAUUUGAUGCCAAUGCAGAAACUGUUGAUGAGGUGGUUGCCUACUUCUAGAUUGCUUGCAUUGUUUUAAUGGAUUCUAUUACUAGUGAGCAAAAGAGUCAUGAGCGUUAGAAACUGAGAAGU